AGGGCAAGGCAGGCAGAGCCGGACAUGAGGGUAACGUCACAAAGAGAGGUCAGCGCCCUUGAACAUCUGACUGCAGUAGGUUGUUCAUCAACGCCUGCAUUGUUCGCCUGGAAACAUGAAACCCAGGGCGAUGACGACUGGAUACCGGGGGGCUAUAUAGACUAUAUUUUGAUGGAGAAACUUCCAGGGACAAGCCCAGGUUACUGGUCCGGCGUCAUGAAAAGGGAAGAGCGUGAUCAACUCCGCAGAGCGUUCAAGGAAGCAUGGCAGUAA